AUGGUCCGCAUCGUCGCCACUACCACGGCUGCAGCGCUGCUGCUGUGCAUCGCAACCCUGUUCACCCACGUCCUUGCACAGAGCAGCUCCACGCCGACGUCCACCUCCUCCUCCGGCUCCUCUUCCACCGUCUCGUCGACUUCAUCAAGAAGCACCGACGCAGCAGCCACCCUGGGCACCGUCAUCUCGUUCUCGCUGAGCUCGAUCAACACCGCAUCGUCUUCUUCGUCCACUUCAUCCACAAGUUCGAACGGGACGAGCAGCUCCACCACGAGCAGCAGCUCCAGCUCGACUGUGUCGUCGCUGAGCAGCACCACCUCGAGCAGUGCUUCGCUGACGAGCAGCUCCGGGCUGCCCGCCUCCACAAGCUCCCCCAAUGCUGGCGUGGGCUUGCUAAGGCGGGGAACCGCGUGGGACAAGACGCACUUGGUCCUUCCCGCCGCUUCGUUGGCUGUCAUCCUGCUCAGCAGCAUCUGCUUCCUCCUGUAG